UUCAUCUGUUGUAUGAAGCUGGCAGGAUGAGGCAGGGAACAGUGGUGAUGUAUGUGGAGAUCGGUUGCUUUUUGGUGUGUUUAAGUGGCUGGAUUUUGAUCUGUUCCACUCUGGUCACUGAGUACUGGACCUUUUCAGAGGUCGGCUCUGUGGUUCUGACCACUGGUAAUUUUUAUUCCAACCUUUGGAUGGACUGUGUCUCAGACACUACAGGAGUAUCUGACUGCAAAUACUACCCCUCCAUGAUGGACCUGUCUGUUUUCCUCCACGUAUGCAGGGCCCUGGCUGUCGUCUCUGUGAUCUUUGGCUUCUGGGGGGCUGUUCUUGCCCUCAUUGGGAUGAAAUGUACCAAAAUCGGAGGCUCUGAGCUCACCAAUGCCAGAAUUACAUUCGCAGCAGCGUUGACAUACAUGGCAUCCGGCUUCUGUGGUAUGAUAGUGUACUCCUGGUGGGGAAAUAAAGUGCGCUCAGACUAUGUGGAUCCAUAUUACUUGGAACAAAAGUUUGAGCUCGGUGCAGCUCUCUUCAUCGGCUGGGGAGGGUCGUGUCUGCUUAUAUGUGGAAGUGCAGUCAUGUGCUAUUUCUCUGUCAGAAAGUCAUUCCCACGAAGGUAUACCAUGAAAUCCAGACGACCCCCAACCUACAUGACAGCACGUACCAGACAGACGUACAUGCUGCCAGGCUCGGCCAGAACCACAACAGUCAUCAUCCCUCCUUCACACCAAUCAUACAGAGUGAGCAGAGUAAAAAUAGCAAGUGGAGGGAGGAGAGGAACACAAGAAAGCAAGUUUUCAAGAACGGUCAGGCCCCUCAUUGACUCAGCCGUGUAACCCAACAUU